AUGUCUCAUCCAUACAAAACUGAUUGUCGAGACGUUCCCUUGGAGUAUUACCCUUUUUACUCGGAGGAGGCGUGCCUGACGGAAAGCGCAACCAAGCAACUCACAGAAGCGUGUGGAUGCAGAUUCCCAUACAUGCCAGGUCCAUCUCCUGUGUGUACUGUUAGACAAAUCAUUGACUGUGGGCUCCAUGACUUCGAAGUGGAGCAUUUCCAGAUGACCAUGAGCUAUUUGAAAGCACCAGGAAAGGACGACUCACAACGGCUGCAGAAUCAGUUUAACUGGACUAGAGAUGAUGUUACGAGCAACAUCGCAGAGGUCGAGAUUUACUUUGCCGAUAUGAACGAGCAUCAUACCAAGAGCGUGGCUGCCUACAAUUUAUCCGAUUUGUGGGGUGAUCUUGGAGGGCUCAUCGGUGUUCAUCUCGGAGCCAGUCUCCUCACAGUCUUCGAGUUCGUUGAUUACACCUUCGUCGAGCAGGCCCACAAGAUCCUGUACAUUCGCUUCUACUGGAGGAAACUCAAGUCAUUUUGUAGCCGGGAUAAAAAAGAAAAAGAGACUAGCACUUGA